AUGAGUAGUUCAGAGGAAAUGUCAUGGAUCACUUGGUUUUGUGGACUUCGUGGGAAUGAAUUCUUCUGCGAAGUUGACGAGGAAUAUAUUCAAGACAAAUUCAAUUUAACAGGCUUAAAUGAACAAGUUCCUCAUUACAGACAAGCAUUAGAUAUAAUUCUCGAUCUGGAACCUGAUGAAGAUUUUGAUGAUAAUCCAAAUCAAACAGAUCUUAUCGAACAAGCUGCUGAAAUGCUUUAUGGUCUUAUUCAUGCUCGUUAUAUUUUAACGAAUCGUGGCAUUCAGCAAAUGAUUGAUAAGUGGCAAGAUCAUGAUUUUGGAUUAUGUCCCAGAGUUUAUUGUGAGAAUCAGGCUGUUCUUCCUAUAGGUUUGUCUGAUGUUCCUGGUGAGUCAAUGGUAAAGCUUUAUUGUCCAAAAUGUUGUGAUGUUUAUUUGCCGAAAUCUUCAAAACAUCAUAAUACGGAUGGUUCAUAUUUUGGCACUGGAUUUCCACAUAUGCUGUUCUUCGUGCAUCCAGAGAAAAGACCACCAAGACCAGCCACUUGUUUUGUACCUAGGUUAUAUGGAUUUAAAAUUCAUCCGAUCGCAUACGAACUGCAAUAUCAAGCAAACCAAAACGGUGGGUCACAUAACGCCAAUAAUUCAAAUACACAAUCCAACUUGGCUACAUUUGGCGCGAAAUGA